AUGGACAAUUUGAAAGAGCUUCUUUUAGAUGGGACACCUAUCGAAGUGCUACCCUUGUCAAUUGAACGUCUCAAAGGCCUCAUUUUAUUGAAUCUGAGGAAAUGCAAAAACCUUGUGAGUCUUUCAAACGGCAUGUGUAAUUUGACAUCUCUUGAAACACUCAUUGUCUCUGGUUGUUCACAAUUAAACAAUUUGCCGAGGAACCUUGGGAGCCUGCAACGUCUAGCACAGCUCCAUGCAGAUGGAACUGCUAUAGCACAACCUCCUGACUCAAUUGUUCUUUUGAGAAACCUGCAAGUAUUGAUCUAUCCUGGAUGUAAAAUAUUAGCACCUAACUCAUUGGGUUCGCUCUUUUCAUUCUGGUUAUUGCAUGGAAACAGUUCAAAUGGGAUUGGUUUGCGCCUGCCUUCUAGUUUUUCUAGUUUCAGGUCCUUAUCAAAUUUAGACAUAAGUGACUGCAAACUAAUAGAAGGAGCAAUCCCCAACGGUAUUUGCUCCUUAAUCUCAUUGAAGAAAUUAGAUCUAAGCCGGAACAAUUUUCUAAGCAUACCUGCUGGCAUCAGUGAACUUACAAACCUAAAAGACCUUCGAUUGGGGCAAUGCCAGAGUCUCACAGGAAUUCCGGAGCUUCCACCAAGUGUCCGAGACAUAGAUGCACACAAUUGCACAGCUCUUUUGCCAGGUUCAUCAAGUGUAAGCACAUUGCAAGGGCUACAGUUCCUAUUCUAUAAUUGCUCCAAACCAGUUGAGGACCAAUCCAGUGAUGAUAAGAGGACAGAAUUACAAAUAUUUCCACAUAUUUAUGUGUCUUCCACUGCUUCUGAGUCCUCUGUGACUACUUCACCUGUUAUGAUGCAGAAAUUGCUUGAAAAUAUUGCAUUUAGUAUUGUUUUUCCUGGCACUGGGAUUCCUGAUUGGAUCUGGCAUCAGAAUGUGGGCUCUUCUAUAAAAAUUCAGCUACCUACAGAUUGGUAUAGUGAUGACUUCUUGGGAUUUGCUCUCUGCUCUGUUCUUGAACAUCUUCCUGAGAGAAUUAUAUGCCAUUUGAAUUCUGAUGUUUUUGAUUAUGGAGACCUGAAAGACUUCGGCCAUGAUUUCCAUUGGACAGGCAACAUUGUUGGGUCAGAACAUGUCUGGCUGGGUUAUCAACCAUGUUCCCAGUUGAGGUUGUUUCAAUUCAAUGACCCCAAUGAGUGGAAUCACAUUGAGAUUUCUUUUGAAGCAGCCCACAGAUUCAACUCAAGUGCAUCCAAUGUCGUGAAGAAGUGUGGCGUAUGUCUUAUAUAUGCAGAAGAUCUUGAAGGAAUCCGUCCACAAAAUAGAAAACAGCUUAAGAGUAGUGGAUGUAAUGUAGUCGAGAGAAGCAGUGACAGAGCAGGACUCAAUCGUAGUGGAAUGGAAUCUAGUUCUAGUGGCAGCAGACAUGGACCCACCAAUGAUCCCACGCUCAAGCUCAAGCGCAAACGUCCUCAAGAAUGA